AUGUCCCACCUCAAUUGUUGGGUCUCUAGGGACGACAUCCAGCGUGUUUUUGAUAUCGAAAUUGCCAGCGAGCAGACUGUUGGCACGUUGAAGGAAGCCAUCAAAGAGCAGAAGGCUCGUUUAUUUGAUGAUAUUGACCCCGACUCUCUCCACCUAUGGUUGGUA